AUGUCUGACUCCAACAAAAACAUACUCUCGUAUCUCCAUCAACGCCGAGCUCCUGGUCGGCCAGUUGAUGAUAUUGAGGCCACUGCCGCCAGCGAGUCCGCGAAUAACAUAGCCAGCGGGAGCCAUAGUGGCACCAACGCCGCAGCCAGAGAAGUUUCUCACGAUGAUGACCUUGCUCCGGACAGUCAUGGAGCCAGAGCAACCGGUCGCGAACCCUCUCCGGGAGCCAAAGAUAUCUCCAACGAUGAUGACCUAGGUCCGCAUAGCCAAGGAGCCAGGACAACGGGUCGCGAAGAAGCCCCGAGGUCAAGCAACCUAUCCCCUGGUCAUGAUGACCAUAUCAAGUUCCCUGGACAUCUGCCAACUCCGCGUCCAAGCAUCGCUAGAGCAAGCGGCGAGUUACCAGAAUAUGAGGCUCUGGACCGUUACAUCACGAAUUAUGACGCGGAACGUCGUGCUUCUAUGGUCAGCUCAGCUGGAGGACAGAAAAAGAAAAAGAAGUGGUGGCAGUUUUGGAAGUCGACAGAAGUGUAUCACACUGAUGAGCACCCUGUUCAGGAGGUGGGCAAGGCGCCGGAUAGCUGGCUGAAUACUCGAAUUAAAGAAGGGAUUUCUACCAGUGUUGUCGAGGAGCGCCGCAAGCGAUUUGGCUGGAACGAACUGACCGCUGAAAAAGAAGAUAUGGUCGCCAAGAUAUUUGGUUAUUUCCGUGGACCAAUCUUGUAUGUCAUGGAAAUCGCUGCAUUGUUGGCCGUUGGUCUCGGCGCCUGGAUUGACUUCGGAGUGAUCUUGGGUAUCCUUGGUCUCAACGCCUUUGUUGGCUUCUAUCAAGAAAAGCAAGCCGCAGAUGUCGUCGCGAGUCUUAAAGGUGACAUUGCCAUGAAGGCGACAGUUGUCCGUGAUGGUAGGGAACAACAGAUACUGGCUAGAGAACUCGUGCCGGGAGAUAUUGUUGUCUUGCAAGAAGGUCAGACGAUUCCUGGUGAUGCGCAAUUGAUUUGCGACUAUUCUCGGCCUCAGGACUACGACGAGUUCAUUGAGCUCAGAAAUGAGGAUAAGUUCGAUAGUGAUCCGAAUGAACCCGAUACAAAAGAGGGUAAUGGUAAUGAGAAAGGCCCAGCGGGCCCCGACGAGAAAGGGAAAGACAGCCAAGACGAAAAUAAACCUGAUGAGGAUGACGACGAUGAUGAUUCCAUUCACUUUGGUCAGUCGCUAAUUGCUAGCGAUCAAUCUGCCAUUACUGGAGAAUCACUGGCAGUCGACAAAUACAUGGGUGAUAUCGUAUACUACACCACAGGUUGUAAACGUGGCAAAGCGUACGCUAUCAUCACUACUUCUGCAAUGUAUUCUUUUGUUGGAAAGACAGCAAACCUGGUGCAAGGCACUAAAGAUCGCGGUCAUUUCAAGCAGGUGAUGGAUUCCAUCGGAACCACGCUGCUCGUGCUAGUUUUGUUCUGGAUUCUUAUGGCAUGGAUUGGUGGUUUCUUCCAUCAUAUUCCCAUUGCUACGCCUGGAGUACAGACUUUACUCCACUAUGCCUUGGUUCUACUUAUCAUUGGUGUACCCGUGGGUCUGCCGGUCGUAACUACGACUACGUUAGCCGUCGGAGCUGCAUACCUGGCCAAGCAGAAGGCUAUUGUGCAAAAACUGACCGCAAUCGAGUCGCUAGCAGGUGUCAAUGUCUUGUGUUCUGACAAGACUGGUACACUGACCGCCAACAAGCUGAGCCUCCGUGACCCUUACGUUGCAGAGGGACAGGAUGUCAAUUGGAUGAUGGCAGUAGCUGCUCUUGCCAGCUCCCAUAAUAUUGCUUCAUUGGACCCUAUUGACAAAGUCACGAUAUUGACACUGAAGAAAUUCCCCAAAGCCCGAGAAAUACUGCGUGAGGGCUGGAAAACAGAUAAGUUCACCCCGUUCGACCCCGUUUCAAAACGGAUUACUACAGAAUGCCGACUUGGUAAAGAUAAGUACAUCUGUGCAAAGGGUGCUCCGAAGGCGAUCCUCCAACUGGCACCCAAUCUACCGAAUGAUAUCCGGCAGGAAUACAAUAGCAGGACAAAGGACUUCGCCCGCCGCGGUUUCAGAUCCCUCGGCGUUGCAUAUAAAAAGAACAAUGAUGACUGGGUACUUUUAGGUCUCCUGUCGAUGUUUGACCCACCGCGAGAAGAUACUGCUCAAACCAUCAUCGAGGCCCAGGCGCUAGGAGUUCCCGUCAAAAUGCUUACUGGUGAUGCAAUUGCUAUCGCGAAGGAGACGUGCAAGAUGCUCGGUUUGGGCACCAAGGUCUACAACUCGACUAAGUUGAUGCAUAGUGGCCUCACCGGGACUGUUCAGCAUGACCUUGUGGAACGUGCUGAUGGCUUUGCCGAGGUCUUUCCCGAACACAAGUAUCAGGUUGUUGAGAUGCUGCAGCAGCGUGGAUCGUUGACUGCCAUGACUGGCGACGGUGUGAAUGAUGCUCCAUCUCUCAAAAAAGCAGAUUGCGGCAUUGCGGUAGAAGGAUCUUCUGAAGCAGCCCAAGCAGCUGCUGACAUCGUAUUCCUGGCUCCUGGCCUCAGCACCAUCAUUCUAUCGAUCAAGACUUCUCGUCAGAUCUUUCAGCGAAUGAAGGCUUAUGUGCAAUACCGUAUUGCUCUCUGUUUACACCUGGAGAUCUAUUUGACAACUUCUAUGGUCAUCCUUAACGAAACAAUCCGGCCUGAUCUCAUCGUCUUCAUCGCUCUGUUUGCUGACCUGGCCACUGUGGCUGUUGCCUAUGACAAUGCCCAUGUCGAAGAUCGCCCAGUAGAAUGGCAACUGAAGAAGAUCUGGGUCGUAAGCAUCAUCCUAGGUAUGCUGCUCGCUGCAGGCACUUGGAUCGCCCGUGGUACCAUGUUUCUUCGCAGCGGUGGCAUCAUUCAGAACUGGGGCUCGAUCCAAGAAGUCCUGUUCCUACAAGUCGCACUGACAGAGAACUGGUUGAUCUUCAUCACGCGCGGUGGCAAGACUUGGCCAUCCUGGCAACUGGUCGGUGCCAUCCUGGCUGUCGACGUCAUUGCCACCCUCUUCUGCCUUUUCGGUUGGCUUUCUGGAAGUGGUGGAGGUGUCAUGUACACUACGCCUCUAACCCCGUUCAACAACUCGUCCAAUGGCUGGACUGAUAUUGUUACUGUGGUGGUUGUUUGGCUCUAUUCUUUCGGAGUCAUAAUAUUCAUCGCCAUCAUCUACUUUAUCCUACAGCGUGUUGACUGGAUCAAUGAUCUGGGUAGAAAGGAUCGCCACAAGCGGGAUACGAAGAUGGAAAAUAUCAUGGUUUACCUCAGCAAAUUGGCAGUCGAACAUGAGAAGGAUCCUUCUACUAACGCAGAUCGGUACUAUCUAGUAGAGAAAGCUACCGAUGAGGACGAUGAGUAA